UUGACUGAACGCCGCAGUGAGUACAUUCCUCCCGCGAGCGAUGCAUCGUAAACAGCAAUUCAUGCGACCCCUGUACCAAGGACAUAUGACAAGAACAUGGAUCUUCUUCAUUUUAAUGUGGCUAUAAAAAUGUCCAUUUUCCGAUGUUGAGAUGGAUUUGCGCGUGCUGAGAGGAGAAACACCUUCGUCGGUAUUACACGAGGUGUCGUUUUUGUUGUUUUGUCGGGACGUUUGCAGUGAGCUUGAAGCAUGCUAACUGCGCUAAACUGCUGAGCCGUGGAGUUGCAGCACUACUGCUGUUGAAGACAUCAGUCAGUAUUUGACAGUAUGUUUAUUUGGCACUGAUAGGUAACGGUGAUGUUAGCUGCCACAUGGAUGUUUAAUCAAUUGUACGUUUUACUCUGCGAGUGAAGUAUAGAUUCCUGGAUGAUGCUUUGUGUCGGGAUCAUCUGAGUUGUCUUGUCCGUAUAAAGGCAUCUGGCUAGAUAUAAAUCUGUUGUAUUAGUCUGUGCCAUAAUAUUAACCUGUGCUAUUAUGAAAUGCAAACAUUUGAGCUGUUUAUCAAAUUUCUAGUUUGUGGCCACAAUGAUGAUCGUCGAGGAACAGAGCAUCACUGCCAAAGCCCUGUCCUUCACAAGGCACUUUGGCAAAUGACUCCUUCCACCCCGGGGGUUUUGGCUUGGAAGCAAACGCAGUCGCCUCCGACAUGCUAAUCUAUAGAAGACAAAUUGUAGUAUAUGGCGAAUAUUUUCCGUGAGAUCAAACCGCAUUUUGCUGUAGGGAGCUGCUACCGAAACACACCACCAAAUCCUAAAAAAUCGCACCCCCCUGCUCCAGAAUGGCCUCCUGGGAUCGUGGAGACGGCUCGGAUGCAGACCCCACCGCUUGUGUCCAACCCUCGCCUAAUGUGUGUGAGGACUCUGUCCAGGCGCAAAAAUCGAAAAGCCUCCCAGCGCUCAACGAAAGACAAGUUUCGGAAACAGAUGGACCGGAAAACCCCGAACAAGAAGAUAAAACAAUCGUCUCAGCGGCGGAUGUCAUCUCCAGCUCCAAAACGGAGGGGUCUCCUAACUCCAUCAGCGGGGACGCGGCAGGUGUGGCUGGGAGGAGGCGCCGCCUCACAGCGCUGCUGCCCUCUCCACUGGCCUGUGUGUCCAUCAGGCGCUACCUGCGCGUGUUGUUUUCGGACUCCCGUUGCUUCUUGUUUUACAUGUGUUACCUCACAUUCAUUCAGUCCCUUAUGGUGUCCGGCUACCUCAGCAGCGUUAUCACCACUAUAGAAAAGCGCUACAGUCUCCGUAGUUCAGAGUCUGGUCUACUGGUCAGCUGUUUUGACAUAGGCAGUCUCCUCAUUGUCGUCUUCAUCAGCUACUUUGGUGGACGGGGUCGGAGGCCACGUUGGCUUGCCAUAGGGGGAAUGGUCAUUGCUGUGGGCGCUGGACUAUUUUCCCUCCCUCACUUCAUCUCUCCACCUUAUCAGCUGGAGCAGGUGAACACUACAGGACGAGGGGAGGGGCUCUGCACCAUUACCAAUAGCAGUAGGAGGGACGGGCCGGAGGCAUGUCCACGGGACCAGGAAGAUAGUGACCAUGCUCUGUAUGUGGCACUGUUUAUUUGCGCUCAGAUUCUGAUCGGCAUGGGGUCGACACCCAUCUACACGCUUGGACCCACCUACCUGGAUGAUAAUGUGAAAAAAGAGAAUGCGUCGCUUUACUUGGCAAUCAUGUAUGUAAUGGGAGCUCUAGGUCCUGCUGCUGGCUACCUGCUGGGUGGAGUUCUGAUUGGGUUUUACGUGGACCCAAACACUGCUGUGAACAUUGACCAGAAUGAUCCACGUUUUGUAGGAAACUGGUGGAGUGGGUUUCUUUUCUGUGCUGUGGCUAUGCUGCUAGUGAUAUUCCCCAUGUUUGCCUUUCCAAAAAAGCUUCCCCCUCGCCACAAGAAGAGCAGCAGGAAGAAAAAGUGCAUAGGGGACCUGCCAAGUGAUGAUGAGGUGAUGAAGGAGAAAAGCCAAGCUGUCUCUUCCUCCAUUGGCUUUGGAAAAGACAUCAAAGAUUUGCCUAAGGCAGCCCUUCGUAUCCUGAGCAAUGUGACAUUUUUGUUUGUCAGCUUGUCAUACACAGCAGAGUGUGCCAUCGUUACAGCCUUCAUCACUUUCAUCCCUAAGUUCAUUGAAUCUCAAUUUGGGGUUCCAGCAUCCAGUGCCAGUAUCUAUACAGGUUUGGUAAUUGUGCCAAGUGCUGGUGUUGGCAUAGUACUGGGAGGAUAUAUUAUUAAGAAGCUGAAGUUGGGAGCAAGAGAGUCAGCCAAACUGGCCAUGAUUUGUAGUGGAGUGUCUCUGCUCUGUUUCUCUACACUCUUCAUUGUUGGCUGUGAGAGCAUUAAUCUAGGAGGAAUCAACAUACCCUACACUACUGGGCCCACAUUGACUCUGUCCCAUCGGAACCUAACAGGGGGCUGUAAUGUUAACUGUGGUUGCCGGAUCCACGAGUAUGCUCCUGUGUGUGGUUCUGAUGGAAUUACGUACUUUAACCCCUGUCUGGCUGGCUGCAGUGGUGUCUCCAAUCACAGCACAGGAAUCAGGAAUUAUUCAGACUGUGCUUGUGUACAAAGCAGACAGGUAAUCACUCCAUCUGGAGGGAAUCACGAGUUGCAAGUGGUCAUCGUGAAGACGUAUCUGAACGAGAAUGGCUAUGCACUUGCUGGCAAGUGUGAGCGCACCUGUGGAACGCUCAUAACCUUCCUCAUCUUCCUUUUCAUUGUCACACUCAUAACAGCCUGUGCACAGCCUUCUGCCAUCAUAGUCACGCUAAGGUCUGUUGAAGAGCAGGAGAGACCAUUUGCUUUGGGAAUGCAGUUUGUUCUUCUUAGAACUCUUGCCUAUAUCCCUACACCGAUAUAUUUUGGCGCCGUGAUUGACACCACCUGUAUGCUCUGGCAGCAGGACUGUGGUGUUCAUGGAUCCUGUUGGGAGUAUGAUGUGACAUCACUGCGGUUUGUCUACUUUGGCUUGGCAGCCAGCCUGAAGUUUCUGGGAUUCUUCUUCAUCUUCCUCACAUGGUAUUCACUGAAACGGCGUGAUGAGCAGGGACACAUUCAUUCACAUCCUGUAUCCCCACUGGACACAGUGAGCCAGUUGAUGUGCCAUGCAGGGUGGCAAAAAGGUCAUGCUCGCACACGCUCCUGCCCUGUCUUCCUACCCCGCCCCCCUGAACACUGCCAUGCUCCUGCAAUGGCAACUGGACCUGCUCUAAGCCGUGGCAACAGUUGCCCCAGCAAUGGCCUGAAAGCAAUAACCUUGCCCAUCAGGUCUUUGGAGAAAGUGGUGAUAUGAGAGAUUAGUGCAGAUACACACAUUUACACACCUGAAUGCAUAGACAGGGCGUAUCUGAAAAUCAAGUGGAGUCUCCAGCUCCUCUAUGUGCCACUGCUGGUGCCUUUUUUCCCCUCCAGAAAUACACUACAAUAAACAGAAUUUGUACAGUAUUGGACUUAAUACCUCAAUGGAAUUGGUACCUCUCUCAUUCUUACACAUUUACAUAGACUCUUUGUCCUCCACAUGGUCUGUAUGAACAGUUUGUCCUCAUUAUACAUACAUAAAAAAAUGUAAAGGGACAAUAAUGAACCUUUUGUCGAUCUUGUGCACACAUACACGCACAUGUUCACUACUUGAUUUUGGUUUCUUUUUUCUGUCAGUAGUGUAAAAGUAAGGUGAUGCUGCAGGCAUCUGCACACUUGUCUAUCUCCCACUUGCUUGGUAGCUUGAAUGAUUAGUUAAAUGAUCUGAUUCAACAUUAUCGGGAAAGGAGGAAUGGGUAUGCAAUUGAAGCUGAAUCCUGCAUUAUGCAAACUUUUCUCUCCUUCCUACACUAAGCCUGUUGUUUAAACCCAACAGGACAAUGCUACAAUACCUUUCACAUCCACUGAGUGUUUGCAAAAUGUAUUAAUUACAUUGUCACUGUUCUUCAGUACUGAGGAACUAUGUGUCUGUUACACUGGAUUAAAGUAACUCAUGGGUAAUAAAAUAUCAUUUCCAGAGGUUUGACUGGGUGUUUUGAUGUCCAAAUUAAAGAUAUUUU